AUGUUUGAGCUCAUCAAAGAUCCACAGGGCUCCCUGGAGCUCAACCUCAGCAUCCUCCGUGUCGUCCGCACAAUGCAAGACAGCGGGCGCAGAGGGCCGGGCUUUUACGAAGGGCUGCCGAUCGCCAGCGGCCACCUCCUGUGGCAGCGGUCUGAGGCGCCGGCCUGGUGGCACUCGCACAGCAUGGAGAAGGAGGCAGUGAAUGGCGGCGGCAGCGGCAGGCUGACCACCGGUGCAGCAGGUGGCAAGGGCAGCUCGCAGCGGCCAGAGGAGAGCAAUAGCUUGCUGCCUGUGCCCAGCAGGGUGCUGUACCCGUGUGAGCGCUGCUACGCCAACAGCCUGUUGCAGGCGCUGCUGGCGACUCCUCCCCUGGCCGCCUUCUUGGUGUCAGGGGAGCACAGCAGCGGCUGCCUCAAGCCCUCUGCCAGCCACUGGUGCGUGCUGUGUGAGCUGGAGAAGCUGGCGGUGCAGGCAUACGGCGACAGCGCCUCGCGCGGCGUGCUCAACCCGCGCCCGCUGCUGCGCAACGUCAAGCGGCUGGGCAAGCAGUUUACCUUUGGGCGGCAGGAGGACAGCCACGAGCUGUUCCUGCGGCUGGUGGAAGCGGUGGAGGCGGUGCAGCUGCUGGAGGCGGGUGGCAAGGCGCGGCACGACCUGCGCUCACGGGAGACCUGUCUCAUCCACCACGUAUUUGGCGGGUACACCCGCAGCCAAGUGGAGUGCCGGUCCUGCGGCCACAUCAGCCGCGCCUACGAGUGCUGCACCAGCCUGACGCUGGAGGUGUCGGCCCGCAUUGCCAGCCUGGAGGCCGCGCUAAGCAGCUUUGCCGCCUCGGAGCGACUGGAUGGCGACAACAGGUACAAGUGCGAUGGCUGCAAGGCGUAUGUGGCGGCAGACAAGAGCACGGCGCUAGAGGUGGCGCCGCACAUGCUGCAGAUCUGCCUCAAGCGCUUUGCGCCGGGGCGCUUCGGCAAGAUCACCAGCCGCCUCAGCUUCCCGGAGCAGCUGGACAUGGGGCCCUACAUGGCGGCGAGCUGCCUGGAUGGCGAUCUCGUGCAGUACAGGCUGUACGCCGUGGUGGUGCACAUAGACUGGGGCCGCAGCACUGACUAUGGUCACUACAUCGCCUACGUCAGGUGUGGCAGCAGCUGGUUCCAGUGCGAUGACUCCUCUGUCACUGCGGUGUCGGCUGCCAAGGUGUUGGCCUCAUCUGCCUACCUGCUGUUUUACGAACGCCAGGUUCCACGCCGCAUCGUGGCGGUGGGCGAGCGCAGCUGUGCGGCGGAAGACAUGGCGGCAGCAGCAGCCGCGGUCGUGGUGACAGCAGAUGGCGCGUCGGCGGAAGCUGAGGUCCCCGAUGGCGCCGGCGGCAGGCUGGACAGCAUGGCACCACCCCCUGAGAGCAUUCUGCGUGUUGAGACGGCGCCCGCCUCCCUACCGCACCUGGGCCAGUCCGGGCAAGCGGGCCAGGGGAAUGCUGCCGCCUCCAGCCCUGGCAGCUCACCCCAUCUCUCGGCUGCCUCCAGCUCCGACCAGCUUUGGCUGGCACGGGAGAAGGAGUGGCAGAGCGACAUUGGAAUUGGCGUGCCGGAGCGCCUGCAUACCUGCGCCUCUGACAGCGACCUGCCGGCCGCUCGGCAGCGCAGCGAGGCGCAGGCGGCAGCCCAUGGCGCCAGACCCAGCACGCCGCGGGCUGCUUCACUGGAAGCUGCGGGCGCUGGUGAGCCCGAAUUUGCUGCUGCUGUGGCAGCACAGGGGCGGCAGGUGCGGCAGGAGUCGGAGGAGCUAGUGCAAGAGCAGGGGCUGGAGGGGGCAGCCGAGGCUGCUGCUGCUUCUGCCCGGGCAGAGGUGGAGGCUCUGCUGCGGGAGCAGACGGAUGAACAGGCCGGCUCGCCAUCUGCUGCCUGUUCUGCUGAGUCGAGCAGCACCGAGCUUGGGGCCAGCUCCAACCCGUUCGACCUGUUGGGUGGCGACGAGGGCAGCGACAGCGAAUGCGAGAGCGGGACAAGCGACGCAGAGAGUGAGGGCGAGCAGCGAGCAGGAGCAGCCAAGAUGGCGCGCCCGGCAGCAGCGCCAUCUCAGCGGCGGCAGCAGAAGCAGCAGCAGAAGCACCAGCCGGCAGCUGCUGGCCGCUGUGCCGACACCGAAGCUGCUGCUGAGGUGCUGCAGCAUCCGGCAUCCGGCACGGAACUGGCAGCGGCAGCAAAGCACCCAGCGGCGCAGGCACAGGAACUGCAACAGGUGGCUGGCAGCAACCGCUGCACCGCAGGGCAGUCGCAGCAGCCGCCAGCAUCAGGGACCAGUGCUGCGGCAGGUUUUGCUGAGAAGCCGGCAACAGCUGCAACAACUGCCGCGCCAUCGGCGAUUCACAAGCAGCACCCACAGCAGCACCCACAGCAGCACCCACAGCCUGCCAUCAGCGGCUCUGCACAGCCACCGUCUGCAGCGGCGCCCGAUUCCAGGCAGCAGCCCCCUAGCGGCGCGUGCAGCAGCUGCAGCAGUGAUGGCCCAUGUACUCCCAAGUACCGCGCGUCUGUCAGUGUGAAGAACGGCGGCCAGCGCACGCUGCGCCUGUCGGUGGAGCUUCCUGGGGUGCGGCAGGAGGCUCAGGUGGACUGGCACCUGGCGGAGCUGGGCGGCAGCACCUCUCAGCAGCAGGAGCUCCUGCUGCGAGCGGAGCAGUAUGCGCUGCGCCUGCCUCUGCCCGUGCCAGUGGCCGCCAACGCGGCCGCCGCCAAGUGGGCGGCUGCCCGCCACAAGCUCACUGUCACCUGGCCCGCGCUGUGA